UGACUCACCUUUGCCAGUCUCAUCCCGUGUCUGCUUUGUUAAGUUCCAUGAUCCAGACUCAGCAGUUGUGGCACAGCAUCUGACAAACACUGUAUUCGUUGACAGAGCUUUGAUAGUCGUACCAUAUGCAGAAGGUUUGUGCUUUGUUUAACUACCUCUAUGGGCAUCCUAUGAUGAUCGGCUACCUCAGUAUAGUUAUAGAGUGAGCAUUAGUAGCAUGUUAAAAAAUCUGAGCUAUUAACGUUUCAAAACCCUUGUUAUACUGUGGUCUAUGAUUUUUCCUUGCAGAUAUAUAUAUGUAUUUUAAUUCCAAAAAAUAGAAAACAGAUCUGUUUUUAUAAGACAGUUAACUUUUGCUUUCUUUUACAAUAUUCUUAAGUUUAUUACAAUACUUAAUUGUUCCUAAUUGUAUUCCCUAAGAUAUGUGUACUUAGUUAAUUUAAUGUUGAGUUAUAUGAAAAAGCCCUGAAGGUGAAUGGUUCACUCCAUGCAGACUUACACAGAAACCUUCAAAUAAAUGCAUGACUGUUACUUCUGUUUUAACUAAAUGACUAGGUUAGUUUUAUUUCUUUAGUGCUUCCUCUCACUGAAAAAUCCCACAUUGAUUUCCAGUAUACCAAGGGUUGCAGUGAUUUUGGUUUUUGCAAAGAGUUCAAGAUUUCCUGUAGCUUAGGUGCCAGAUGGGCACUGGGUGUUUUGUUUUUAUGCCACAUUUUCUUGAUCAUUCCUGCUAUAUUUUCUAGAAUAUCUCUAAAUAAUAAAUUCUUCUCUCUGUUAUUUGUGUGUGUGAUUUUUGUAGUGGAGAAGGCAAAUGCAAAAUCCUUCCAGAUGACUGAAAAACAGUGGGUCCUCUGCAGCUACAGGGGAUUCUAGACAUUAACUAAAGGCCAGCAAGCACUCAAGUCCCCCAAGUGUUUUUCUGGUGUAACCAUUUGUUAACUACAUUUUCUCUCUUUUUACAUUUUAGGCUGUUAAAGUAAUUUGACAGAAAAAAUGAGCAGGUUAUUUGGAUCAAAAAAAAGCUACUGUGAUAAGAAAGCACUAUUUUAAUACCAUUCUAUAAAAUUUUCUAAGGCAUAUUUUAUAAUUAGUUUGUUCCCAAUGUACUGUUACUUGAUUUGCGUUUGGUAGCUAUCGAUUUUAAUCAAAGAAAUCACUUAAAUAUGAUAGAAUUACUGGAUUUUAAGAUAAUAAAUUAAUGAAUAUGCUGACCAGGAUUUAAAUGCUUUUUCCUUUCGUUAAUGAACUGGUCAGUAGAAGCAGAAUCCUGAUACUGUUGAUUUUAGAUGCUAUAAAAAAAUCUUUGAAUACCAAUGUGAACAUUUACACCAUGCCUUGUAAGAGUUGUUAAAUGUCUGGUCCUUAAAACUUAGAAAAUUGACUCUGGUUUUCUAAAGAAAUUAACUUAAAUUCAUAGAUUGGUUAAGGCAUGCUCUAUAAUAACAGGACAUCUGUCUCCAUGAUAUCAAGAUGUGUGGGCCCAGUUUUAAGGUUCAAAAAAAGGAAAACCUUUGCAUUUAAAAAAUUGGAAAACCUUUUUGAGUCAGUGUGUUUUGGUUAAGUAUUUUCUUUUAUGUCAGUGUACCUGUUGUAGAUAAGACUUAUCACCAAGAGAAAAUUCACUGAAUUCAAAUUCAGGAUGAGUAACAUAGAUGAUAGGUCUUGGAACAAUGGUCAAAUCAUGUGAGUAAUGUACAAAACAUUUUAGUUAGCCUGUAAAUUUAAAGAAUUCUUAAUAACCUAACUAUUAAGUCAUAGUUUUCAAGCCCUGAACAUAAUACAGUAUAUCAUAUAGCUGGUUUUCAUAAUUAUUUUUAGAUCAUGGUAAUUUUUAUGUUUCUGUUUUUUGAAAGUAAGAUAUUUGGGAGUAUGUAUAGAAUUACAGAAAUAUUUAAUUCAGAAAUCUGUAUGAGGUGUCUUUAAUUUCUGAUAUGAUAUGCUGUAUUAAUGUUGUCUCCAUUAAAUAACUUGAUGUAUUCAAUCCGAUUUUCACCAUUCACUCUGGUUUUAGCUCUUACUCUUUGGUGUUGGCUCUUGGUCAGUGUUUUAGAACAAUAGACACACAGUCUACGGUAAGGAAUAGUCUUAAUUUGGUAAAACUGAGAUAGCUGGAUUUGGAAGGAGCUCUUAAUAGUAAUGGAUUUGGGGUUUAUUUAGGUUCCUUGGUUAAUGUUUGUUUCUUUUGUCUGUUUCUUUUUCUUUCAUUUCUACACAUUCAUGCAGUAUUUCAUGGUUCUAUCAAAGCAGCAGUAAAAAAAAUGCUCUUGACGCAUGAAAAUUAACUGGUGAGGGGCCUCAUUGCUAUUUUUAAAUUGUAGUUUUAUUUUUAAAUAGUCUUUUUUUUAAUCAGAGGAUCAGAUGCAUGAAUUUUUUUUUUUAAUGGAUGCAGAUCUUCUAUCAGGUUUCUCACAGUAAAUUCAAGAGGAUUUUAGUUUGUCAAAAAUGUUGCAAAUGCACUAAUUUGAGUAAGAUGUUGAUACUUAAUAUAUCCUCUUGAGACAUAAUUUUGCAUGCAAAAUUAUCCCAUAAUCUUUGUAGGUUUGUUAAUAUAUGCAUUAAUGCCCUAUAUCUAAAUGAUCUUUUCCCCCCACCCCUCCAUAACUCUCGGUAUCUAAAUUGAUGACAGCUCUGACACAAGCAAGAUAACAGUGCUGUGUAGUAUACAUUUGUUUAUAUUAUCGGCACUUCUCAGUAUAGGUGGAAGGAACCAUUACCUUUAUUUAACAGUGGUUUUUCUUUUUUGUUGUUGUGUUUUACAGUUCUUUUCCCUGGUUCAGCCUGAACUAUAUACCAGGCCCUGCUGAAAAUACCACCCAACAGUUUUCUUCUGCAGCUUAUCCAGUUUCUCUUAAGUGCCCUGUACAUAUUGUAUGUUUUAUGAUGAGAUGCAGUUUCUUAAUAUGUAUUACAGAAAUACUACUGGUAUUUGCAAAUAUGUAGUUUAAUUGUAUUAUUGAACUCUCAUUUUGGGGGCUUGGGCACAUUAACAGAUUAAUCCAUCUGUAUAGGGCUUUUGCUGUUGGAUAGAAUUUAAAUUGUCUAUAUAAAAUAUUUGUGUUAGGACCCUUAGUUUUUAUCUGAAUACACAGAUUAGGCUUUAAAAGCAGACAUACAUGUCUUUGGCUUUAGGAGUUUGGCUAGUUAGCUUUUGAACUGACACUGUAUAGCAGCAGUUUUUGGUAUGGUUAGCAUGGCACAUGUUGGAACAUAAAGCAUUUUACUAUACAGGUAAGGAAUGUGCCAUGUUGUUUUACCUAUUCUCUUUCUCUCUCACCCACUCCCCCGCACACACACAUCCUGUGUGUAUUCAGAGACCUUCAGAAACAUCCAUAUUCAUUUUCAUGAGUCAGCAAAAGCCCUACGCUUGAUUCCAACAGAAUAUUUUCUUUACAUACUUUUCUUUUUAAUUUUUACAAAAUUUGUAUGGUAGGUGUAAAAGAAAAUCAUAGUAACUGUACCAUAUUAUUAACCCCUAAAUCAAACUUUUUUUGUCUUGUGUAUCUUGAUUUUUCUGUGUGCUUUAUAGUGAAGCAGCCGACACGAGUCGUUGUUCAUAAAACAGCUUUUGAAAGUUGAGAGCACACCCCUGGAGAACCGACUGUGCUUGCUUACGUUUGGUUCAUGACUUAAAAAUCGAGUACAGGAGUUAUUCCUGAUGAGACUAAGGCUUUGUCUCUAUUGGCACCGGCUAAUGCAGUGGCAGGUCUUCUGCCUGGUGGUGGACUCCUGCCUACUCCUAAUCCACUUACCCAGAUUGGCGCUGUUCCGUUGGCUGCUUUGGGAGCUCCUACUCUUGAUCCUGCCCUUGCUGCACUCGGGCUUCCUGGAGCAAACUUGAACUCUCAGUCUCUUGCCGCAGAUCAGUUGCUGAAGCUUAUGAGUACUGUUGAUCCCAAGUUGAAUCAUGUAGCUGCUGGUCUUGUUUCACCAAGUCUGAAAUCAGAUACCUCUAGUAAAGAAAUAGAGGAAGCCAUGAAAAGAGUACGAGAAGCACAGUCCCUAAUUUCUGCUGCUAUAGAACCAGAUAAGAAGGAAGAAAAACGAAGGCAUUCAAGGUCAAGAUCACGUUCUAGAAGGAGGAGGACUCCCUCUUCUUCUAGACACAGGCGAUCAAGAAGCAGAUCGAGAAGGAGAUCACAUUCUAAAUCAAGGAGUAGGCGACGAUCCAAAAGUCCAAGACGGAGAAGGUCUCAUUCCAGAGAAAGAGGUAGAAGAUCAAGAAGCACAUCAAAAACCAGAGACAAAAAGAAAGAAGACAAAGAAAAAAAACGUUCCAAAACACCACCAAAAAGUUAUAGCACAGCCAGACGUUCUAGAAGUGCAAGCAGAGAGAGACGACGAAGAAGAAGCAGGAGUGGAACAAGAUCUCCUAAAAAGCCCAGGUCUCCUAAAAGAAAACUGUCUCGCUCGCCAUCCCCUAGGAGACACAAAAAGGAGAAGAAGAAAGAUAAGGAUAAAGAAAGAAGCAGAGAUGAAAGAGAACGAUCAACAAGUAAGAAGAAGAAGAGUAAAGAUAAGGAAAAAGAUCGGGAAAGAAAAUCAGAGAGUGAUAAAGAUGUAAAACAGGUUACACGGGAUUACGAUGAAGAGGAACAGGGGUAUGACAGCGAGAAAGACAGAAAGGAGGAGAAGAAACCAACAGAAACAGGUUCCCCUAAAACAAAGGAAUGUCCUGUGGAAAAGGGAACUGGUGAUUCACUGAGAGAAUCCAAAGUGAAUGGGGAUGAUCAUCAUGAAGAAGACAUGGAUAUGAGUGACUGAAUAUUGCUUUUACAAGGAAUCCAACUGUAUACAUGCAUCAGUGUCAUUCCUUUGUGUGAUUUCUUAAUGCUGUAUUUGUUCAUCUCAAGUCUAGAUGUAUACAGCUCUGAGUUAUAAAUGGUUAUAAAACCCCUGAUACUAUUUACAUCAAAAGCUUUUAGAAAAUGGUACAUGGAUAAUCAUUUCUUGUCAUGGUGAAGUAUGAUCAAGUAACCAAGCAGUUUUACUAUCCUGGUGCUGCUGCAUAACAAAAAUGAAAAGCUGCAUGCAUCUACAGCAGGCAUGGAUUGUUUAUGUUGUAUGAUCUCCUUUAUUAAGUAAGUUCACUUAUAGUAUUUCUAGAAUUUGAUUCAUUGCCGUAAUAGAGCCAUGUAGGGAAUGCACUGAUUGCAUGUUAAUUGUGGCAGGAAUAUCCUAAAUGUCAUUAAAAUCCUCCAACAUGAUUGAUCUACUUAUGGUCUUAUUUGUUGACAUGACAAAUUAACAUUCUUAGUUACAUCUGGAAGUGAACAUUUGAAAUAGAUAAUCCUUUAAGCCUUGUGGCUAAAUUUUUGUGGCUUUUGUUUCAAGGUUAUAUAUGCACUAACCUUUUUUGAUGGCUAAUUAGGCUUUAAUUACAGAAACAAGAUUCCAAAAAUAACUAUCUUUGGCAGUGAGUGAAGAGCCUCGUAUUUUGAAAUAUAGUUGUAUACUUUUCCGUAUCGUGUUUGGGAAUUUUUUUUUCCUUAAAUAAUUUAUUCCACAACAUCAGUGAAAGCUAUCUGCCUAUCCUGAGUCCAUCUCUGAAAGAAAGUUAUAUUUUGUCCUUUCAAUUUUCCACUCUUUUAAUUUGUUUUAAGCUCAAUGUUGGUAAAAGAGGGUAGUGCAUUUUAAAUUCCCCUUCAUAUGCUUUUAAAAUAAGACAAAUCUACUUGAUAAUGUACUUUUUAUUUGAUCUCAAGUUGUAUAAAACCAAUGAAUUUGUGUUACUGUUACUGCAAUAGUAAUCUUAUGCACUCAGUGAUUCCAUGUUAUAUGCAAAGUAGUUAGGUAACUUUUCUUAGUUACAGGAGUUUCAAAUUUCACUUUUGUGCAGUAAAAACAAAAGUAGGCUACAGUCUGUGCCAUGUUGAUGUACAGUUUCUGAAUUUGUUUUACAAGACUUUGAUAAUAAAACCCUUAAACUUACAUUCAUGUUCCUGUAAAA